AUGGAGUGUGGUCCUAACGAGCCGACAUUAUUUAAUUUUGAAAAUAAUUCUACAAGACAAUUUAUUCAUUCACUUGUCUUAUUUCAAAAAGCAUAUGCACCAAUUCAUGGAAGAAUUUGUGUAUUUUUGUGUCUUUUUGGUGUAAUAACAAAUUUAAUUCAUUGUGUAGUUCUUACUAGACCACAAAUGAGGCAAUCAGCAGUUAAUUCUAUUAUGACGGCAGUAGCUUUGUGUGAUUUAGGUACAAUGGGCUCUUAUUUAAUUUAUAUUUGGCAUUUUGUGCUUGGAGGGAAUUUAUGUUCAAAUACCCAAACACAUAUUUGGAUGUAUUAUUUAUUAUUACAUAUAUUCCUUUCAAUUGUAUUACAUACAGCAACACUUUGGUUAGCUGUUUUAAUGGCAUUUUUAAGAAGAAUGACUUUACAUAGAAAUACACUUUAUAGUAAAUGGCAAAGAGUAGCCUUAGCUAGACGUGCAUCUUUAACUGUUAUAUUUAUUAUUUUAUUACUUUGUAUUCCAUCAUUAGCAGUUCAUCAAGUAAUUAAAUACCCCCACGCUAAUUGGCAUCCCUCUUUAUUGUGCCCAAAAAUUAUUUCUGGAAUUUUGUCAAAAAAUCAUAGCGAACCAAUUUUUACAAUUAUAAUAAGAAAUACAGCAAUGGCUAAUGGAUGUUGGCUUUUUAAAGCUAAUUUAUGGCUUACUGGGAUUUGCUUUAAGGUAAUUCCUUGCCUUUUACUUCUAAUUCUCAGCGCCAGUCUUUUACAAAGACUUAAACAAGCAGAGAAAAAGCGUUGUCAACUUUUAUUAAAACAAUUAAGUGAUUCACCUAAAAAUGAUGGAAGAAAUUCUGUUGAUAAUUUAAAACAACGUCAAAAUGGAGGAAUUAAAAAAAUGCAUGCUGACAGAACAACAGGCCUUCUAUUAGCAAUUCUUUGUGUUUUUCUUUUAACAGAAUUACCUCAAGGCCUUAUAGCAAUACUUAACGCAAUAUAUACUGCAGAUGUCCACAGAUUUAUUUAUUUAACUUUGGGGGAUGUUUUGGAUUUACUUUCUUUAAUUAAUUCUUCUGUUAAUUUUGUUUUGUAUUGUUUAAUGUCUUCACGUUAUAGACAAACUUUUUGUUCCCUCUUUCUUCCAAUUAAAAUUUGUGGACGAUCAACUCCAACACUUCGAUUACAAAGAGUUGGAAGCCAACAAAGCCAUUUAAGUAUGCGUGAUUGGAAAGAAAGACAACAAAAACAAAGGAGAGGGUCUAACUUUCCAAAAUAUUUAGGGGAAAAAAUUAGAGAAGAUUCGAAUGAUGAAAAUAAACACCAAACAAAUUUACUCACUCCAAAUGCGGGUUUUUAA